GGGAAACAGGUCAAGAUGACCAGUGCAAGACUACAAUCCCAAUGUUUGUCUCGCCUGGAGAGUAGCAUUUUGGUAACCUGCUACAUCCAAGUUGAUCCACUUGAGAGUGAGUGUCCUCAACUUUAUGGACAUGCAUUUGCCACAGUCUGGGACUAUGGUAAAAAUAAAGUUGGCUGGGUGACACAGCUUGUCGUCAAUGAAGCAGUCCAUCAGCAUUACAUCACAACCCACCUCUUGCAAGCUCUGAAGUGCCAUACCUUAUUUACCCAUGUUAACAUCAUUGGUCUUGUCUCAUCUCACCCUGCUGCUUGCAAUGCUUUGGCAAAAUAUGCUGCUGCUAAUAUCAAGGAUGUUGAAUUGGACUUCAUUCAUCAACAUGCAAAGGGCAUUCUGGCAUCUUCCCCCAUUAGCUAUCUAAAGGCCACUCAACUGAGGGGUUUGCUCUUCCAAGACAGCUGUGACAAUGGAGCUAUAUCAUCUUUUUAUGUUGACCACACUGAGCCUUUAGCAGUGUUGGAACACUACAAGAAA